AUGGCUAUGGGUGAGAGCAAGCAGCAAGAGGCCAAGGGCAUGUUACGUUCCCGACAGGCAGUGAGCAUCACGGCUGUGAAAGUCUCACCAAACCCGGCGGCUCUCGCAGCCGAGCUUAACCUGGAAGUGAAUUUUCAUUUAGAAGCGCCUAUCGCCAACGGUGUGUGGAAUAUCGAGUAUCUGGUGGACUCCGUCAUGAAGCUAAAGGCCACUGACUAUGCUCGAGGCGACAAUCGGUUCCAGUUUUCGACUCCGCAAGUCAAUAUUUCCGGCCUUCAGCCAAGUCAACUAACCAACUGUGGUUUGUUGAUUGCGUCGUUCAAGGAUGAAGACGGAGAUAUUUUAGAUCUCAAUAUGGUCAUUCAGGUGUCUGAGCAACGCGGCGGACUUCAACGGAUUAUCUACAGUCCUCUAGAAUAG